CUUUUAUUUGUCUGCUCUCUCGGUCUCUCAGCUCCGAUCUGCCCAACUCAACAGACUCUCGCUUCCCUCCAAAAUGGCACCCACAUCCGUGGUUCACCACCCUCCAACAACCUCCUUCCCUUUCCCCGCCGGCGCCGGAGGGCACAGCCGCCGCCUCCCCCAAUGGGGCCCACCUGCAUCCCCUGCACCGUUUCCCCCAGUUGCGACGCAUGUGGUGCCGCGCCGGCUCCUCCUUCCAGUGGCUGCCGGCAUUUGGGACUUCGUCUCCGGCGGAGCGGGUGGUGCCGCCGCGGCGUCCCUCGCCGUCCGGCGAGGUAUGCAGCUCUUCCGCCAGGGAGAUGUGGAGGGUUCAUUGGCAGAAUUCGACAAGGCAAUCGAGAUGGAUCCACGGCAGAAGAAAUAUCUUUGGCAAAGGGGUUUGUCGUUGUACUACCUCGAUAGGUUUGAAGAAGGUGCAGAGCAGUUCAGGCUAGACGUUGCAGCUAAUCCGAACGACACCGAAGAGUCCAUAUGGUGCUUUCUGUGUGAGGCUCAGCUAUACGGAAUCGAGGAAGCAAGGAAACGAUACUUGGAGGUUGGUUUGGACUCAAGACCUGUAAUGCGUGAAGCAUAUACGAUGUUUAAAGAUGGUGGAGAUCCUGAAAAGUUAGUCGCAAACUUUUCAAGUGGCUCUGGUGGUGACGUCUUCUAUUCUUCAUUAUAUGCUGGACUUUACAAUGAAUCUCAGAAAAAUGCAGAUAAGGCAAAAUUUCACAUUGUUGCAGCGUGCAAGUCGCCAUAUGGAUCAAGGUCUGGUGAUUACAUGGCCUCACUUGCAUUUGUCCACUGUCAGUGUCGCAACUGGGAUCUAGAGUGAGAAAUCAUUAUGUCUGAAGCGUAUGCGGAAAUUUUGGUUGGAGCCAGCCAGUAAAUUGUAACAUGGGUAUUUUUUUCCCAUGACACGGACCGCAAAGAUACUUGCAGACGGAUUCUCGUGUUUAUACCCUCAGCAAUUACUAGAAGGGACCCUGAUCAAGAACCGAUCGGUAUUUAGGUCCUGUUUGGGAGGACUUCUCCUCCCAAAACGGUUCCGGCUUUUAGGGAACAUUUGGGGAAUAUUCCUUAUGAUAGCAAAAAUGUCUCCUUUAAAUGAAUCAGAAGUUGGUGAAACCACUUUGCAAACUGGAGAAGGCGGGAGCCCUUCCAAAGGGGCUCUUAGUCUUCUUCUUGUGAACACGAUGGAUUAUUUGUCUAUGGCUGGCAGGACAUGAACUAUGAAGUGUUGACUUAGAGAUGAAGGUUUUACAUGAA